CUACUCGACCACAUAUUGAAGUGGCUCUUUAAGUGAUGUCUGUGCUAUAUGUCGUUUAGAAACUUCACAAACUCAAGCGGUUUAGACGUCGAGAGGAUGUGAUGCGCACAUUGAGUCCAAAAAUGGCGGCAUCUAAAGCUUUGACUGUUUGGUUCGGACUGUGGUCAGUUUUGGUCAGUUUAUCUCAAUGUAGUGUGAAAUACAUUCAUUGGAAGAAUUCCAUUCCAAAAGACAGCAGUAUCCAAUCAGAUAAUUACCCCGGGGUGUAUCCCAUCAACUCCAAUGUCACGUGGGUGUUCGAGACAACGUACGGCCAGUGGGGCGUCUUCUUUCGAGACUUCGCCCUGAGCCACGACGAAGAUUUCACAGAUGGGGGUGACUUAAUAAGGCUUCAAAGCGACAGAAAUGGUCCAGUCGUGACCUAUACUUACAGUUCUGACUCCAGGCCUUAUAUCAGCAAAGGUUCAACACUGAUUAUCAGCUUCUUGUCUGACUCGAUCAAAGAUGAUCCCAGUGCUAGAGGCUUUGACCUUGACAUUCUGUUUGGAAACACUGAAAGUGACGUGCGACUCAAACUCCAUGAAGCGGCUAAGAGAAAGUCUAACAAAAAUGACGACACAGGCAACGACUCCCUUCCCGUCAUUCUCAUCGUAACCUUGACCCUCCUCGCUUUGGCUGCUCUGUGUGCGGCUGUCGUCUGUGCUGUCAAGCUGAAGUCCGCCAAGAAAGUCAAGGCAGACGAUGACAGAGAUGUCUUCGGCGUCCGGCGAGGUUCCGGUGUCCGGCACUCAAGACACGGCUCAAGCACGUCCCCUCCGCAGUCGCCGGAUCAGACAGACGCGCCGCGAGUACUGACGGGAAGGCAGGGACAGAAUGGUCACUUUGGCUGGAUGGCACGAGCUGAGAGAAGCAAUUCCCUAAAUUCUUCGAGGAGAAAUCGGAACGCCGCCUCUUCGGGUCAUGCGGCGCACGCAUCACCAGGGCCCGGUCAGCAUAGUCACCAGUAUUCCAACAACAGCGCCACUGAUCCUGACACACCCAUGGCUCAAGGGGCUGCCUCGAAUGAGAUCGUCGGCUCCCCACCGGGCGCAGACUUCAAAGAGGUGCAGCAGGUUUUUGAAUGCGUUUUAGAUCACGUGGGUCAGUGCCGUGACACAAGCCACUCUUUCCGGUUCAUCAGUGAUAUUGACAAGAAAGCCUCGAGAGCCGCGUGCGACGAAUCUUCCGGACACGCAUCAGGCAAACACGCAGACUUCAAAGAGAUGCAGCAGGUUUUUGAAUGCGUUUUAGAUCACAUGGGUCAGUGCCGUGACACAAGCCACUCUUUCCGGUUCAUCAGUGAUAUUGACAAGAAAGCCUCGAGAGCCGCGCGCGAUGAAUCUUCCGGACACGCAUCAGGCAAGCACGCAAACACGUAUGUUUCUCCUCUGAAAAGGCGGGAAAACGAGGAGACAGCGAAAAAAGCAAGUUUCCACCCGGAACAAACGGAAUUGGAGGACUAUGAUGACGACAUCUGUCCUCCUUCCUAUGAUUCCCUCCUGGAGGGCGCCGUGUCUGAAACUAACAUAAGUAUUGGUUGCUAUGGCAACGUUGUGGACGCCCAGUGCUAUCUUAAUAAUGAAAUGCUUCCCAAUCACACGUCAUCCGGUGAAUACUUCACAGAAGGAACUGAACCCGAGACCGAAGGCAGUUACCCGCGUUGUCGUAGCUCUGCAUGGACCACAAGUGGAUACCCAGCAGUGUAUGUGCAUCAGCUUCCCGAGUUCAUCGUAACUGACCACUCACACUCACCUUCGUCUUCCAGACGUGACCCUUUAAGCCUGUGCGCGAGUCCAGCCAACCAUGACCUUCACCCUGAAGACGGCAAAGUCUGCUUUGUGGACGGCGACGGGUACGCUUACAUCAUUCCACGCCGGCCGGAGGAGAACGACCCACAAGGCGAGCACCACCCUCAGCGUGAGCCUUUAUCACUCUCGAGCACAAGAUACGGGCCAGGCCCCCUAUCCGUGGUGCCUGACAGGAUGAGGGUGUCGCAGCUAGCAAACGACUUGGGCUACAUUGACAUGCUGACCGAAACCAGCCCCCGUGCCCAUAACCUGGAAAACAUGUACCCCAGUGGGCAGCAAGCUUGUUACGCAAACAUUGCCGUGACUGAAUGAGCCAGGUGACCGCAGCACUGACCAGAAUGGUGAGAUUAUGUUCAAAAGUUUAUACUUAACCAUAAACGUCUCUGUUUUAUACAUAAAUAAACGGACCUGUCAAUGGAAGAGACUCUAAUCCUGGCAAAAGACAGAGAGCCAGACAGAUCAUGUCUGAUGUCCCAACGUCCAAUAGACUGUACAAAUAUCUUUGGAUUAACACAACUACUGAAACUAAUCCACAAUUAGUGUGCAAAAAUGUCAGAAUUAUAAGAUACGUAGCUUUAUGCUUCCUCUGUAUAAACCAGUACUUUAUUAAAUAAUAUAAACACUUACACAAGAUUUAUUGACCAAUCGAAUGCAUUCUUUAUUCUAUCAAUCAAUCACAUUCACACAAUUAAUGACUAGAUAUUAAACUUUCAAUAAUGUCUUUUCGAGCCAAGCUCAUAGAAUUUCCUUGAAUCAGAAAUUGUCUUUUUUUUAAAUGUGUUUUGUAAAUAUACUGUGCCUAAUUCUUAUUUUGCAUAACUUUUGUUGGGACUGCUGUUUCACUCUGAGCUAAAAGCUCGUGAACACGGCUUACAGGCAGAAGGAAUUCUAUUUCUGUGUACCAGUGUGUGAGAUUCUGCACAUGUUCGUAGGUUCAGCGUCUAUCAUAAGUCCGUAACUUCGUGUUUUAUUUUAUUAAGGCACCCAACUCUAAAGGGAGAUUAGUAAGAUGUAUUUGUGCACAUAUAGUUUGUCAUCUCUUGAGUGGAUAAUCACAAUGUAACGACGUGGUAAUUUCAAUUACGAGUAAUUAAUUAAAACUUAAAACAUUUGAAGGAAUUAAGUAUUGGGACAAAAACAAGUAAGCUUAAAACAACUUUAUAGAACAUCCCAUGAUAUAACAUCACAUUAUAGAAUAUCACAUUUUAAAACAUCACAUUAUAAAACAUCACAAUAUAGAACAAUACUUUACAGAACAUCACAUUAUAGAGCAUCACAUCACAGAGGGCCACAUUACAGAAUAUUAUGGAACACCGCACUGCCACACAUCUAUCAUAUUGCCAGAUUCAAUCCGCUGCGUGAAUCCAGUCGAAUCUCUGUGCGAAUAUUGUCCAUAGACUGGGACUCUAAGAGACUCUUGUCUUCCUUGUAGAUCUUCCUUUCGCAGUAUUUAUUAAGUGCCAGCAGCUUCUUGUGGAUUGGAUGCGCUUUCAGGUUCUUCUCGUUGCACCACGUGAUGCCUUCCUGCGCGCGAUUCUUGCCUUCCUGUCAAAAAUAAAAUGCACAAGCUAUGUACAUGACAAAGUAUCAAAGUAAAUAAACACAUUUUUUUUUCUGGCCAACUCCGGAUUCGAGUGAGUGAAGGCCCUGGGCAGAUCUUUGCGUAGGCUUCCUCCCACUUUCGAAAGCUUUAGUACAAAUUGCACAUAGUAAUGUUAAUAAUCUGAUUACUACUGAGAAACUGUGACCAAGAACAAAGCAGCAUCCCGUUGAAGGAGAUAGCGCUCAGGGACGAUAAAUAGACCACACCAUUCGAAAGCCUGCAUUCCAGAUCACACGCCAUACCUGGAACCCGCAAAAAAAAAAAAAUAGGAAGAAGGGUAGGUCCGUGAUUACAUGGCACCGAGAUUAGGACGCAGAUGCCGAGCAGAUGGGCAUGACGUGGGCACAGUUGCAGAGACUCGCCCAGAAAGGAGAUGGCUGGAGGAGGCUGGUUAGUGUUCUAAGCCCUAGACUGGACCACAGGCAGAGAUGAAAUGAUCUCUACAACUCAGUGGCGUAGCUAGAGUAUAUGAUGCCUGGUGCGGUACCUCAUCUUGAUGCCCCCCCUCCAAAAAAAAAACAAUAAAAAGACUAACUAAUUAAUAACAAUGCAAAACCUGUUCAAAUUAAUAUGUAUUCAUAAAUCAAAUAUUGUUAAUUCAAAAAAAUCACUUUUACAUAAACAUACUACAAAUGAAUUUUACGCGCUUUCUUGCUGGCAAAAGUAUCAAUAAUUUUAUCGAAAUCCAUUUUUUUCCACCAGCACUUGUUCAAUGGACAAAAUGGCCAAAUUAGUGAGUCAUCGUUGAUCGCAAAUAAUUCUUGAUCAGUUUAAGUUUGCAAAAACUUCGCAUGUAGCGACGCUUACUGCAAUAGUCAAAAAUAUGCAAUCAUGAUGACGAUAUUCGGGACUGAAUCAUCUAGCUGAUAUUUAUUUAUAAAAUUCAAGAGCUCAACAGGUCUUUGUUUUGGAAGUUUGGAGGCUUCUGAUGAAACUGUGACAAACCGUUGAAGCCUCUUUCGCUCCAGCAGAAAUUCGUUUUUAUCAAUGUCGCUAGGAGUACUAUCGAGAUUGAUUUCGACCUGAGGAUUUAAUAGCUGGGAAGGCGACAAAAAUUCAUAUCUAUCUGCUACAUCAUGAAGUUGCUCGAAUCGGGUGAUUAUUUCUUGAACAAUCCUGUCCAAGGUAGAAUACAUUUCCCUUCGUAGCUCUUCUUUGUGUGUAAGUACAGAGUCGUCAUUUUUCACCAGGCAUCUUUUUCUUAUGGCCAAUACGUUUUUGGGGUUCUGUACUGAUUCUCAGAUCUGAGCACACGCUUUCGGCAAAGGUAAUGCUGACUUCAGCGAUGUCCUCUCGAUUACUACUUAAAAAUGUCUCUAAUGUUUUUAGUUUGAGUGAGCAGUCUCGAAUAGACAAUCUUUGUUUUUGAAGGUAGACUUGCGCAUCAUUAAUUUCAGUUAAUACAGGAGCCCAAAAUCCAAGAUAGGUGAGAAAAUUAAAAGACUGAACAGCAACCAAUAAUCCACCUGCUUCAGAUCUAGUCGAUGAAUUUUCAUCUCUGCUAGUUAAUGUCUCCAGAGUUUGAGCAGGCAAUGAAUAGUGACUUCUAGAAUACGUUUAUGGACACCGUAGUUUUAACCUUUCAUGACCGCAGCAUUAUCAUAGCCUUGACCCCUGCAGUCCAUUAUGUCUAAGCCAUCCGAACGCAGUUUCUCUAGAAACAUCUCAGCGAUUCCAGCAACAUGGUUGUCCUUUAUGUCGAUGAAGUCAAUAAAAGACUCACGAACCUGCACUCCCUCAUUAUCCAUGACAACGUACGUAAAAUUUGGGAAGUUUGAUCCAGCUUUGAGAUGUCAGGUGUACUGUCAAAAAUAAUAGAGAAAUAUUUGGCUUGUUUUACUUGUUGUAUGAUUUGUUUUAUUAGUGUGAUCACCCAAUAUUGUAAUAAAUUCAUUUUGUAUUUGUGGAGAAAUGUAUGUAUUCGGUCUGGAACAAAGCUUAGUUUGAAGCACAUGCUCUCUCAAGAUUGGAUCGUACUUUGAUAGUAAAUUUACUAACUCUCCAGGUUUUCGUCUCUUGUAUAAUCAAAUCUUGGGCCUUGUUGUUCAUAUUGUUUCCUACUCUCAGGCGAGCUUCAAGUUCCGUCCAAGCAAGCGAUGACUGAAUGUGAGCUCUGCUGGUCUCAUGUUUUUCUAUUUUCGGGGAUAACCUCCACCACUCAUUGAAUCCAUCUUUGGAUUUAAAUGAAGAUAAUGAAAUCUUAACAAACGUGGCUCCUUUACAUUUAAGGAGGGAGAGGGCGGUACUUACGGCCUACGAGCGCUACAAAAGGGGCCCUUAUAGACUACACAGACUGGUCAGAACCAGAGAUGCCGAUUUCUCCGUCUGAGCUUAAAAGGGUUUUGAGGCGCCAGCCAGACUAGUCAGUCUUGAGCACUGUUCAUGAUUUUGUUUACAUUACAGUAUUACAAUUAACUAGUUAGUUAAAAAAAACUCAUAGAAAACAAAGGUUAGCUUAUUUUAAAAAAUUGACAUUACAAUAGAAUUAUUUCAAAAAUUAAACUAUAAAGAAUCAUAAAGAAAUGAAUAAACUAAGAUAAUGGUCUAGAGCUAGUGUUAAGUAAUAUAUUUGUAAACUCAAUAUUUAGAUUAAACCAAUGGACUAAACAAUGAAGUAAAAAAAGGUUGGCCUAUCUUCUUCUUCUUCUUUAUAUUACAGAGCAUCGAUCAGUGUAGUAACAACAUGUACCGUGUGUCGGAAAUAAAUGUAGUAAAUUAGAUUCAAACUGUUCUAUAGCUUACAUCGUAUUGAAGAAAUAGUCAAGGAGAUGAAACAAAAUAGCGACAUGACUAGUUUAUAAAUCGUUAGUUCAUGUUUAAAAUACACUAGUUUAUGUUUGUUCGUGUCCAUACAAUUAGUCGUUUUUACUGAAACGUUCAGGGAAAUAGGAAAUGAAUACACACUGGGGGAAUUUUGGUGCCCCUCUCCACUUGGUGCCCUGUGCGGCCCGCACCACCCACACAUUGGUAGCUACGCCACUGCUACAACUUACUACAAGCCUGUCAUAUUUUUGAAUACAUUUAUAAAGUACUUGUCACGGUGCAGAUGUAUGUGUCGUGCGGCUUUCGUGACGUCAAUAUGUGUCGCGCGGAUUUCGUGACGUCAAUAUGUGUCGUGCGGCUUUCGUGACGUCAAUAUGUGUCGCGCGGAUUUCGUAACGUCAAUAUGUGUCAUGCGGUUUUCGUGACGUCAAUAUGUGUCGUGCGGUUUUCGUGACGUCAAUAUGUGUCGUGCGGUUUUCGUGACGUCAAUAUGUGUCGUGCGGUUUUUAUGACGUGAGAGCGCUCCAACUGUCCCUUUCAAAAACCAUCAGCUGCCAGCUGCUUUCCUCUAUGCCAGCGAGGACAAAAUUGGCAAAAUACAUAAUAAUACACAUUCAAUUACAUUCCGUAAUUGUUAGAAAACCAGGGCCGACUAUAGGUAAGUGGAGGCCCUAUGCCAAGCGAAUACGGUGGCCACAAUUGAAAUAGAAAAACACAAAGUUAAAACCGAAAAAUAAGCAAUGAAUUAAAAACUUUCCUGUGUCUAUACCUAAAUCGAUAAAAAAAAAGUAAAGUUCCACUUUCAGACUUUGUGGUCUAUAAGGCAGAUGAUGUAAAUAUCGUCUGUUUCUGUGGCCUACGGUUAACGAGGGUAUAAUGUGGCGUGCACAACGACCAACCGCCUUUACUUUCCCCAACUAAUGUCAGGUACCCAUUAGAGGUAAAGGCGCCCAAAGAUACCCAAAUUAAAAAUCCCAGUCUUCACCUGCAUUCGAACCCGAGACCCCCGGUUUGGAAGCCAAGCGCUUUACCACUCAGCCACCGCGCCUCCUUAUCUAAAUCAAUAAAUAACUUAUAUUCGCACAGCGCCGAUAGGACUAAUGUGCUUCAUGGACGAUUCAUGAUCACCAGCUUAGAAAUAACGUUUCUUCAAAAUGAAGAAGCAAUCGGUGGCCCUAGUUGGCUGCUUAGUUUGCCUAUGCCUAAGGCCGGCCCUGUGAACACAGUUAAAAUUGACCUACCAUAUAUCUUUCAUUCAUGUACAUAAUGCACCCAAUGGCGUAUAUCGAUCGAAUGAUAUCCAUAGCCGGCAUCUCAAUGGUAACCAUCUCUUUCAAAUGUGUAUAACAUUUCCUGUUUGAAUUCACUUAAAAAUAAAUAAACCCAUUUCUCGAGCAUACUAGAGAAAGAAAUAA